AGGCGGACUGGUCACCUGACGAGACUACAACCAGCUGGGUAAACAUGGCGUCUGUCUCAGGAUGUGGACAUUACAUGUAGCGCUGCUGGUGUGUUAACGGUGUCUGUGUCGCUCCACGGUCCAGAGCACAGAGAGGAGCUGCAGAGGACGCAUGAAGACAUGAAGGAGAGGAGGACAGAGGCGCCUCACUGAUGCUGCUUCAUGGUUUUUAAUCUGUGCACAGCAUGAAUGGUCUGAUGUCUGCACGCAGCCUCUGAUAGGCGCAAGAUAAUUGCUUUUGUUAACAGAGACACUGAAUGUAUAUCUGUCGAGGUGUCGGUUUUUAUCUUAUCUGACAAAUAUCAAGGCUCUUGUUCUGUGGACUCUCUCCUGCAGGGGUGCAGCUACAUUUUGGGCCCACUCUGCUUUGGGAUCCCCUUUAAAAUGAUAUAAUCAUCUUAUAUUUGUGUGUGUGGACUCUCUCCAUCUCUCCAUCUCUCCAUCAACCUUACUAACCUAUGUGCAACAAGAUGGUCAAUCUGACAGCACUUUCUGUGGUUGCCCUGCACCGCUGUGCUCUGACAGCUGGUCUAUGACUUGUGCUGCACUGUGUGUUGUGUAUCUCAUGCCUUGCUCAACAACACCACUAUGAUAGGCUCACCUGACGUGGUGGCUUUCACUAAAGAGGACGAGUAUGGGCAGAACGCUCCCGACCCCUGGGCUCUCCCAGAGGAGUUCUCUGUCCCUCUCCAUCCGCUGGCUGACUCCAACCCCUGGGCCAAAACCUCCUAUGCCAAGUUCACCAAAGACUUCAUCCUCAUCUCUGAGUUCUCUGAGCAGGUGGGCCCUCAGCCGCUCCUCACCAUCCCCGAUGACCCCAAAAUCUGCGGCACCUUCGAUCUCAACUACUUCUCCCUUCGCAUCAUGUCGGUGGACUACCAGGCCUCCUUUGUGGGACAUCCACCUGGCAGCGGCUACCCAAGGCUCAGCUUUGUGGAGGACUCCAGGGUGGUGCUGGGCGACUCGAAGGAGGGGGCGUUCGCCUACGUCCAUCACCUUACUCUUUACGACCUGGAAGCGAGGGGUUUUGUGCGACCCUUCUGUAUGGCGUACGUCUCGGCAGACGAGAGGAAAAUCAUGCUGCAGUUUCAGGAGCUGUCCCUCCGCUUCUCACAGGCCUCUGAGUGUCUGAAGGCCGGGAACAGGAGAGCGUUCGCCAAGGAACUCCAGAGGAAGCUCCGAGACCUGGAGUACACCCACUCUGUGCUGCAGAGGGAGGAGGGCCUGCAGAGAGAGGCGGGGCCUCAGUCCAUGUACUCCGCUCAUGCUGUGGAGAAGGCCAACGAGCUCGCAAAUGUGGAAAAGAGCAUCUACGAACACAGAGACCUGCUGAGACAGAUCAGCACCUACCAUCACCGUCCACGCCGAGAUCCUCAAGCCAUCACCUGCCAGAAGUGCGUCACCGAGUGCUUGAGCGAGUGUGAGCAGCUGUUAGAGAAAUACGCCAAGCUCGCCAACCCGUUCAGUUACACUGACAAACGGAAGAAGGGGGUGGAAGGGCAGGUCGAUGGGGAAGGAUGUGGAGAUGAAGCGGACGAGGAGGAAGAUGAGGGCGUUAAACGCAGGCCGUCCUACACGCCGCAGCUGAUCAAAGCGAAGUCUGCAAAGUGUUUCGACAAGCGCCUGAAGACCCUGCGAGAGCUGUGCGACAAUACUUUCUACGAGGCCACCGUGGAGCUCCUGAAGGAGACGGAGAGGAGUUUCCGGGGGGACUUGUGUUACUUGCACACACGGCGCCUGGACAGGGCUCUGCGCAGGAAACAGAGAGUUACCAACUUCCUGUUCGAGGAGGACCUCGGUGAUGAAGAUGAGGAUGAAAGGGGAACACUAAGACCAUUCUGUGCUGUGAACCAUGCUGUAGAUAACUAUACAGUCUUAAAUCCACCUCCUAUUGUGCUCGGACCAGAACCUCUAGAGCUAGAUGCUCUGGAGCCUCCAGAUCCUCUAGACCCAGCCUCUGGGACCAGCCAUACCCAAGAGAGUGCGCUCGGGAUUGUGGAGAGCCAUCUGGAGUCCUCCCCCUCAGACCAGACUCUGGAGACCCAGGAGAGCUCGGAGGAGACCAAAGGAAGCUUUAGCAGCGAUAAGAGCGGGAUGGGUCUGGCAGAGAGGCAGCAGAAUCUGGCAAGUAUGAAGUCAGAAGCUCCUGAUUUUGACUUGACCCCUGACCCUGACCCUGACCCUGACAAUAACACUGACCUGGAGAGGGAGAGCAGCAGUGAAGAGAUGGAGACCACGGCUGGGGACGAUGACGGAGACGACACACCUGUGUCCUUGCUGGAGGUGGUGUCUGAGCUGGAGGAUGUGACUGAUAGGGCUUGUGAGAUGGAGUCUGACUUGUUGGUUCCUUUGGACACGGCAUGCUGUAUGGCCCAAGAGGGUUUCCUUUAUGAGGCUUCUGCCCCAGAGGCGGCACCACGUCUUGGCCAAAGCUCCCACCCGCAACCCUGUCAAACCCUUGUGGUCAACCAGGAGCCCCAGGCUCUACUUCCACUCCAGGACGACUACACGGUGGGUUCUCCAUGCUCAGAAAGCCCCGCAGCUGGGCUGGAGCUGCCUAUGGGGCUCCUCGCAGAUGCAGUGUCCCGUACCUCAGCGGAGGAUGGGUCUGACUGUACCAUGAGCGCUUCUACAGGGUCUGAUCGGGCGGCUUCACCUCUUGGCUACGGGGGGGUGGUGACCCUACGUCAGAGGAAGAAGGCCGGACAAGCAGCCUUGAGGUUUGUGCGACAGUACCCCUUCGCCAUACAGGCUCUGUGGUGUCUGCUGAGUGGCAGGACCCUGGUGGUGCUCGGGACGGAUGAGGGAAGAGUCCGCCGACUGGUUGCUGCUCUGGCCCUCUUUGUGCCUGGUCCUGGAAAGUGUGGAGAGAGGGUUCAAGCCUGGCUGUCCUGCCCUUUCACCCUGACUGACCUGCAGAGGUGGAAACUCGUCGGAUUGCAAAGAGUAGCGUCCCCUGUGGGUUCCAGCAUGCUCUACUCGCUGUCCCGCUACAGCCGCUACAUCUCCAUCCUGGAUGCCGACCAGAAGACCUUGCGCUGUCCGCCGUAUCGUGGCAUACUCCUCGCCAACAUAGCCGACCACCGCACCUACGUCCGCCGAGGCUCCACUUACUUCCUUCACUUGCAGAGCACGCUCUGUGAACUGGUGGCCAAGGCCUUCCUGUUCACCUUCACCCACCACCUCCACCUGCCGGUCAGCUCCACGGAGGGGCCCGAGGUGGUGGAGGGCAGACGCCUCUGCUUCCUGCAGGAGCAGCUGGGGCUGGGAGAGGAGGACAGCCAGAUACUGCUCUACCUCAGCCAGCUCAUCACUCAGCAGUACCUGCGGCCCGCCACCGGGGGCAGCGCAGCAGCAACUUGUUUUAAUUUUAACUACACCACCAGCGUUUUAUACAAAAUCUGAUGCUGGGACGAGGAUUCCCACAUACGUUUUAGCAAAAAUCAUCUUCGACCCUUUGGUUUUUAACGGAACAAAGGUUGAUCUUAAUAAGGUCUACGGCCAUUUUAGUUUGAGGACAAACUGCACUGGUUAUUAUUGUUUUAUUUGUGUAAUCUCUCUUUGCCUUGCUGUCUUUUUCCUCUGGUCUUUCUCUUUCCUCUGUGUGCAGGAAAAAAGGAGACAGAGUGAGUUGUGAAUGUCAGUGAGCGGUUCACUUUGCCUGUGUUCGGUCCAGAGCACGUUGACACUCCCAAACACACAUGAAGGUCGGUUCCACUUAUUGUCCUUUGAGUCAUUUGUGUGUGUUACACUGCGCUGGCUUGUUUAAGGUCAGUCUCCACCGCACCUCACCACACACAAACACACACACACACACACACACACGCACACUCACACACGUACACGCUUAAGUCGAUUUUAGGGGCGCAUAGUUCAACAUCCCCGUUAGAGGACGCCACAUUCUGAAUGGUUUAGAGAGAUGCUGGCCAGUGGAAUAUAUUACUGGGAGUGCCCAGAUUAUUAAAAUCACUUGACAUUUUAGUUUAAAGCAUACAGAAUUUUAACCUUUUAGAUUGGGGACAAAUCAUUUUAAUGUCACUUAUGGGGUCUUCAGCUGUACACAAAUACACCGUCUGUGUGUCGUAAGUGCUGGUCUGACCUCAGCCAGCUCGCUAACAGGUUAAACUAUAAGCUCCAUCUGUGUUAACACCCACCGAUCACCGAGCAGUUUGUCAGCUAUGAUAUCAUCGCAGCUAUAUAUAAACAUGUUUUCCGACAAACUCCCAUAUGCUGACAUUUUCUGCUUGUGGAGAACAGACGUCUCUCUGAAUCUGUCCGUGAAACCUUAUUAGCACCGCGCAGGCUUGUUACAGCUGGUUUUGUGACAUGCCUCUCUUCUUUAAAACUACCACAUAACUUCCAAAAGCCCAACUGUUUUUUUUUUUAUAUUUCUUUUGUGAAUCAAUUUUAACACACAUUCCUAUAGUUUUGUUCCAAAUAGAGACACGAUGAUGGAUUGUUGCUGAGUAGCUUUGACAUUUCAUGGAGUAAACAUUCCCAGCUUUCAGGUUUGCGAUGCAUGAGGAAGCGUGUUUUGCUGUGUGAAUUAUAGAUCCAGUGGGCCCCCACGUGAUACUUGCAUGCCCAGAAAUAACGUCACCACAAUACAUACUCACCACAAUACAUACUCACCCGUGUACGGGCCAACGGCAGCCAAAAGCUGCCACUAUUAAGUGCUGGCGAGCAUUUUCAUGGCUGUUACUCACACAGUCAGGAACAUUUUUAAAAGCUACUUAACCCUAAAUGUAUUGAAUUUCACUGUUGUCUUAAAGUUGUGUGAGGGUGUCGUGGUGUCAGCAUGAGACUGUCUUGUGCCAGGGUGAAUCACCGUGUUGAUAAUAUUUCUGUUUCGUUGUAUUCGGAUGAACUGAGUCGGGAGAGGAUGCUGAAGAGUUUGAGGGGAUGUGGCUGAGACGGUGGUGUUGUGUUGGUAAAGAUUUUAUUAUGGGGAACAAAAUGAUUUCCUGUGCCAUGAAAAGCAAAACUCUAAGCUUGACACUUGAAUUAGGACAGCUGCCUAUUAUUUAUUUUCUUGUGAACAACCCUUGCUGAAUGUGAAAUAUGAACAAAACUGUUCUGUAUUUAUUACUUGGAUUAUGACCAUCAUGCUGAGUACGCCCCGAUUUUCUCUCUGGUGGAUGCUGGAGGUACGAAAUAUUUUAGGUUCUGUCACAUCGGCCAGUGGUACGACACUGAAGAAGCGUCUUUUGAUAGUAUUUUAGAUUUUACUGUUCCUAAUUCUGUGGCGUCAGUGAUGGAGCUGUAAAUCUGUAUCUAGAACGGUAACUGUACUUGUGUGACUGCAUGGUCAGAGUUUUAAUGUGAAAGGUCAAACAAUGUAGGAUCAUGGCUGCACUUUUUUUUUUUUAUGGAAUAUUCUUUUAACUAAUGGCAACCUCACAUUUUUAAUUCCACCUAACGUAUUAUUUCAGUUUGAUAUUUCUUUUUUUGCCUUGUCUUUUUAUUUUUUAUGAAUAACGCAUUUUACUGCAAAGAUGUUACAUUUUUUUUAGGUUUUGUCCCUCUAAUGCAAAAAGGUGAAUGUAACCUGAAUAAGCCAUACCACAGUGUGCUUAACAUGUCGUCACUCAGUGUCCUUAUGUUGCCAUAUCAUGUCCACCACCUUUUGUGUCUCAUCACGAGGGGGGUGUCGUGCUCACUUCGGCCCCGUGAGACGCCGUCGUCGCCAGUGAUUUUAAUAAAGCACGUUGUGAAUGUCUUGACGCUUUUAUGUAAAUGUUGAUGAUAUUCUUUUGUUCCAUUAAAUUAUUUGAAUCCAUUUAAUUUUUUUUGCGUGGAUGCCUGGGUAACGCAGGAGUUAUAGGUGAUCAUGGUGAAUUUCAAUGUGGGAUACUGGAGGAAGAUCCUACAGAUCAUCAUUAAACGUCAAACACUCCCAACAGACUCGUGUCUGCGUGACUUGCUUUAGCGAUGACGGAUGUGUGAGCAUUUGAGGUGUCGUGAAUAA